UCUGCGCGCGCGUGUCUUUCUGCUGUUCUCUCCGCUCUUUACUUGAUAUGAAGAUGCUUUGAAUGACCGGCUGCAUGGUGGAUGAUUUUUCUGUAAACAAUCAGCAGGAUUAAAGUUAGUUUAACUUCCAAGGCCUGUUGAAGCUGUGAGAUCUACACUGUCAGAGAGAGAAAGGUGAAGGAGGCAGCAGGAUGAAGUCCAAAGGGAAGGCCGUGAAACCAUCCAGGAGGACCUGGACUGACCCUGAGCCAGAACUAGAACCAGACACAGAACCAGGUUCUAGUGAGCAGGAAGGCUCAGAGGCCUCUGUCCGGAUCGGUGGCUCCUGGAGGGGGUCGCUGAGGGGCGGGGACGGCAAGCGCCAAGGAGGUGGAGGCCGGCGGCGCAGGCAACGUGGCUCCAGCACCAAGGAACGCAGCGUCCGCCGACUAGAGAGCAACGAGAGGGAGCGCCAGCGCAUGCACAAACUCAACAACGCCUUCCAAGCAUUGCGCGAGGCCAUCCCCCAUGUCAAGACCGACAAGAAGCUGUCCAAGAUCGAGACACUGACCCUGGCAAAGAAUUACAUCAAAGCCUUAACCACGGUUGUCGUGGACAUGUCAGGGGCCUGCCUGCCUGCUGGUGGGGUCCCCUCAGAGGCCAGCACUGCCAAGCUGCUCCAGUGCUACCAACAGCACCUGGAGGAGGAGGGGGAGGAUGAUCUCACCCAGUACCUCACCCACAUGCACAGCUUCAGCCAGCACAGCUAACAGUGGCUGCAAAGGUGGUUUGAAGACCAGGAGGCUGUCUCCGAGGCAGAGAGGUGUGGGGUUACCUUUAGGGCCAAAUCUCAAACUUUACCCAGUUCCUUCAGGCUCUGGGAUCUGCUCAGAAAGUGGUUUUCUGUAGGAAAUGGGUGCUGACCUCUGACAAUAAACCCAUGCUUGACCACAGCAAGAGGUGGGGCUGUCUAGAACUUACCCUUCAUGCAAGUCUAUGACGCCCUAGCAGACUGCACAGUGAAACGCAGAUGAUUCGUGGUUAUGAAGGGUGACAAGACUCAUUUGUUUUUGUACUCAGAAAGGAAGGGCUAAUCUUUCACCACUCUUGUAUGUUCAUUUCUCAUCUUCUACGGCUUUAGCCGCAUGUGGCUGGAGCUUGUUCUCUUUUGGGUUAUCUUCCGAUCUUCUUGUGUAUUUUCUGUUGUUGAGAAACCUGUUGAGUGUAGCCUCUAGUCAUAACUGUCACAUCCAGGAUCAAAAGAAAAGCAAGCAGCGGACAUGAAUAUUAAAAUGUGGAAGCUAAAAAGUGUUUGCUCAUGACGAAAAUCUAUCACGCAUUUUAGAACACUUGUCUUCUUACAGGUUGUGCACCAGUUAGCCGGAAGGCGCAGAUGAUAUUUGAAGUGUGUGUUAUUUGACUUUUACAUGUCUGGAGGUAGGACUUGGUAGUGAAAAAGAUCAGGAGAAACUAUUUGAGGAGUUAUUAUCAAUAAACACAUUUAUUUAUUGA